AUGUCCUGGAUCGACAAGCUAGGCAUUCUCGGCAUACGAUCAUUCAGUCCGGACGAGCCUUGCUAUGUCCAAUUCAACUCACCAUGUACCGUUAUUUAUGGCGCCAACGGCACUGGCAAAACAACUAUUAUCGAGAGUCUCAAGUUUGCAUGUACUGGUGAUCUCCCACCCAAUAGCAGGAAUGGCGCUUUUAUUCACGAUGUCAAGGUUGCAGGAGCCUCUGAGGUGCGAGCACAAAUUCGAUUGCAAUUCUACAACGUGAACGGCAACAAGUUGAUAUGCACUCGAAGUAUGUCAUUGACACAACGCAAGACGACCGUCAGCCAAAAGACACUGGAUACAUCAUUGCGACAAUUUGAUCCAAGAACGGGUGAAAUGACCAGCAUCAGUACGCGGUGCAGUGAUAUGGAUGCAGAGAUGCCUUUUCAUUUGGGUGUACCAAAGGCCAUCUUGGAAAAUGUUAUCUUUUGUCAUCAAGAGGAUAGUAAUUGGCCAUUGAGUGAACCUGCCAAUCUCAAGAAAAAGUUUGAUGACAUCUUUUCAUCGACAAAGUAUACCAAGGCAUUGACCAAGAUUAAGGAUGACCGGAAGGCAAAGGCACAAGACAUUCGUGUGGAUAAGGUGGCUGUGACAGGACUUAAGGCUGAUAUUGAAAAGGCGCACAAGAUCAAGAGAGCACUGGAUGAGAUGCGUAACCGUACCAGUGUGAAGGGAGAGGAAGUCAAAGACUUGGACGAGCAAUUGGAUGAGACUGCAGCAGAGAUCAAUUCGCUUUUGGAAAAAUACCGAGAGGCUGAACAAGUUCAGAAUCAAAUUGUGCAACUUGAGCAUCGGAGAUCGGGCCUGGUUGAGAGCAUGGAUGAGAUCAGCAACGGCUUGACAGCACGAAGCGAGACGGAUGGUGAGCUCAAAGACAUGUUGACGGCUCUCAAUCGUGAAGUGGAGCAGGAUGAGGAAGUACGGCAGGAUAUCGAGCAUGAAAAGAUGCGGUUGCAACGACAAGUACAAGGCACACGUGAUGCCAUCUCCAGCAAAUUGACCAGCAUGGGACGACUUCAAGCAGCAGCUGAAGCGAACGAGAAGCUUAUCAAAGAGAGGGAGUCCAUGUUGCAAGCGGCGAGUGAAGAGUUGGAUCUCGAUAUGAGUCAUUCGGAUGAGUCCUUUGUGCACACCAUUCGGGAUCUUUUACGAUCACGUGAAGCGAAUCUGGCAGAUGUCAAGGAUGAAGCACGCAAGAAGCAAACAGAGAUCUCUACAGAGUUGCAGGCAUUAAAGUCAAAGCGAGCAGCGUUGGAGGAAGCAAAAAAGCUAGCAAAACGCCAAAUCCAACAAUCAAGGGAAUUGUGCCGUGAACUAGGCGACCAACUUGCAACCAUCCACGUAGCUCAAACAGAUCUUGACUUGGCCAAUGAUCGACUAGCGCGGGAGGAAAGCGCAUUGGCACAUGUUCAAGAAACGUUCUCAUCCAAAAAUGUGUCACAAGUCAUGGCCCAAAAGGAGAAAAAGUUACGGGAUAUCGACGAGCAAAUUGCUUCACUCAAUGAUGAAAUGUCACGGCUGAGUCGAGAGGGCGAUACGAGGACACGUCUUGGAUUGAAACAAAGCGAUAGAGAUCGAUUAUUAUCAGCAGCUCGUUCGACAUAUAAUGAACACGCCGAUGAAUUGAACUCGCAUCUUGGAAAGGAGACCACCAUGGAGACGAUGGAGAAGGAUGCCAAAUCUUUAUUACAGAAAAAGUCAACGCAGCUUCAAACGUCGCAGAAUGCUGUUCAUCAAGCAAAUCGUGAGCUGUCAGGCAUUGAAGCAAAGAUAUCCAUUGCAAAGGAGAAUCGAUCCAAAAAGGAGGGGCAGGCUUCUGAAUACCAAAAGACCAUCCGUAAGGAAUGUGGAGAUAAGGAUUUGCAAGAAGAGAUUGGAAAGGUUGAAGAUGAAUUGAAGGAUAAGAGAGAGCAAUUGAGCUCUUUGGAUGGUGCUGCCAGUAUGUAUCGAAGAUUCAAGAAAAGAAGUUUGGAAAAGCACAACUGCGCCUUGUGCAAGCGGAUGUAUGCUGACGAAGAUGAGCAGCUAUUUCAACAAUUUAUUCAAUCGCUCGAGAAAACAACUGAAGGUAUCCCCGUGAAGCAAAAAGAGUUGGAUAAGAUUGUCAAGGAGAAGGAAGCGAGGCGGCAAAAGCUGAAAAAGUUGGAGCCUACUUGGACUCAAUUGCAGACGUUACAACGAGAAAUCAAGGAUUUGGAUGAAACAGUCCAUGAAUAUACCCGUCAAAAAGAAGAGAAAUUGACAGAGAUUGACAAGAUCAGCAUCGAGAAUAUUGAAUUGGAGAAUGAUAAGCAGCGCAUCGAAUGGCUUUUGAAGCAGGCGGAAGAUGUUUCACGGCGACGACGAGAAGCUGCAACGCUUGACAGUGAGAUUUCAAAGCUUGAGAAGGAACUUCAAAGUUCUGGGUCAACACGCACCGUUACCGAUUGCCAAAGAGAAGUGGAGGAUCUGUCGGAUCAAGGUAAAAGCGUACGUCGUGAAAUCAAGCGUCUUCAAGAUGAUCGUGAAGCAGCCAUACGCGAAUGCCAGAAUGCUGAAAACACCGUGCGUGAUGCUCGUGAUAAGGUGAAGGAUAUCCAAUUCAAGCUCCAAUCCCGAGAUCGUGUGGAAAAGCAGCUUGAAGCCGCCCAAAAAGAACAAAAAGAAUAUCUACGUACUCUCCAUGAUUCGGAUGCCAAUGUUGAACCGCUUGAGAAAAAGAUCGACCAGACAUCAUCCUUGUUACUGCAAACACAAAACGCAUGGACAAGCAAGCAGGAAGACGCCCAAGCAUUAGUCAGCCAAGCUCGCAAUCGAUUGGAACGAUUGGAAUCAUUGAAUCGACAAAUAGCCGAGUAUCAGAAUACAGGAGCAGAGGAUUUGGAUCAAAUGUCUGAAGAAAAGGCUCGCCUUGAGAAAAAGCUCGAGAACUUCCAGACCAAGCAAGUCGAUGUGGAAAAGCGAAUGAAGGAUUUGGAAGCUAGAAUUAUGGAUCGCAGGAGUAUUGAGCGAGAAUUGAAGGAUCAUCUCAGACACCGCACCUACCAAAAGCAGCUUGAGGAAUGUGAAGAGCAACUCGAAGAACUUCGGCGACAACAAUCACAAGUGGAUCGAGCAUCCUAUGAAAGACAAUUGGGAACGCUGAAAGCAAAACAAGAAGUGCUCAUUGAUAAGCGUGGAGGAAUUCAUGGUGAAAUACGGCAGAUGCAAGUUCAAAUUGAUCGUUAUCAAAGUGACCUGAAUACCGAUUAUCAUGAGAUUGAGAAGCGAUACGAGGAUCAAUUUAUUCAGCUCAAGAUGAGUGAACUUGCGUUACAUGAUCUCGAAGUAUAUUGCAAAGCGCUUGAGCAGGCCAUUAUGCGUUACCAUACGCUCAAGAUGUCGGACCUGAACAAGAUCAUUCGUGAAUUAUGGAUUGAAAUUUAUCGAGGAGGUGACAUUGAUUAUAUUCAAAUCCGAGCUGAUAACGAAGGCGUGGCUGCCAAUCGAUCCUAUAACUACCGGGUGGUUAUGAUCAAGAAUGGAAAGGAGCUCAACAUGCGUGGUCGAUGUAGUGCGGGUCAAAAGGUGCUGACAUCCAUCAUUAUUCGGCUUGCAUUGGCGGAAGCAUUUUGCGUCAAUUGUGGUGUUUUGACCUUGGAUGAACCAACCACCAACCUUGAUCGUUCCAAUAUCGAAAGUCUUGCAUCGAGCUUAUCGAGAUUGGUGGCAUUGCGGCGUAACACAUCAGGCAACUUUCAACUGAUCAUUAUCACGCACGAUACCGAGUUUGUGGAGCAAUUACGUCGAUCCAAUGUAGCAGAAUACUUCCAUCGAGUUUAUAAGGACGACAAUCAAUAUUCCAAGGUUGAUCAAGUACGAACGAAUAUGGGUGGAGCUACUCGGUAG